AGCUCCAUAAUCUCCUUCUCCCCGCCAACCACCCUCACCACCAACUCAACCUCCCCAAACCCCAACCCAAACAUAACCUACAGCCUCACCAUCCCCAACACCACCACCCCCACCCACCCCGGCCCAAUCUACAUCCAAAUCACCGCCCCAACCACCAUCCAAUGGAUCGGACUCGGCCAAGGCUCCCAAAUGACCGACUCCAACAUGUUCAUCCUGUACACCUCCUCAUCCUCAAAAAUCACCCUCUCCCCCCGGUCUGGCCUCGGCCACUUCGAACCCCAAUACACCUCAGCUACCCAAAUCACCCUCCUCCCAGGGACCGGCAUCACCACCAACCAAGCCAACAUCACAACCAUGACAGCAAACUUCCGCUGCGACAACUGUCUCACCUGGCAAGACGGAACCGGAAGAAUGAGUCCCCUGGACCCUAACUUCCCAUUCAUCUGGGCGUAUAAAAUCGGGGUGCCGAUUGAUUCGGCGGCUUUGGACGCAGAUAUUUCCAUUCAUGAUUAUAUGGGGCAGAUACGUGUCGAUUUAACCAAGGCUUCCCUACCGGAGAGAUUCUACUCCGGGUCGAAUUCGACAACGGGGAAUUUAAACGAUACUACGAAUCCAUUCCUAGAUUAUAACCCCCUUACGGAUUCUCUACGUGUGGGGACGGAUACUCCCGAUACAGACACAGGGUCGAUGAUGGGUUCGCACAUACCCAAGAACAUGAAACAAGUGUUGAUAGCGCAUGCUACGCUAAUGGGCCUUGCUUUCGGGAUUUUGUUUCCCUUGGGGGCUGUUCUUAUGCCGAUUCCUAUUUCGUCACUGCCGGUGAGGAAAAUCUUCCUUCAUGCGGGUAUACAAUUGUUUGCGUUGGGAGUUACGUUGGCGGGGUUCGGAGCGGGAGUGUAUAUUGCUCAUGCGGCGGGUCAAUUAUCUAACCCGCAUCCUAUUAUCGGGAUUGUGGUUGUGGGGGUGUUGGUGUUGGUGCAGCCUGUUUUGGGGAUUGUUCAACAUCGCGAGUAUAAAAAGACCGGAAACCCUGGGGGAAAGGUUGGGGUGCUGCAUCGGUGGGUUGGUAGGGGGGUGGUUGUGUUAGGCAUGAUUAAUGGGGGCUUGGGGUUUCGGUUGGCCGGGGUGGGAGGGGGGUUUGCGCCGAAGGGAGCGGUGGUGGGGUAUUCGGUUGUGGUUGGGGUGGUUGGGGUGGGGUAUCUG